AUGACAACAAACAAUUUAUCAACGGCAUCCACCGUGGCUAUGCAGACCGAUGACGAUGAUCAAGGCCAAAUGCCAAGAAGCAACGCCAGUAAUGUAUCCGCCAUUUAUGCCCGUUUGCCAUUCCCAGAAAUGUGUUACACGAAUGUCGAAGCCUGGUUCGUUUCAAUGGAAUUUUGGUUCAGUGCUUCUGGCAUAACCUCUGACAAACAAAAGGCCGCCACCGUGCUUGCCGCACUAAAACCUGUCGAGGUUAUCACAUCUAUGCCAGCAUCCGACCGAUUCGAAUACAUCAAGCGGAAAAUUAUUGACCAUCUUGCCGACAGCGAACAGAGACGACUCAACCGACUCCUGUCUGAAAUGCCAUUAGGCGACAAAAAACCUUCCGAGCUUUUUUUCGAAAUGAAAAGAGUAGCUGGCAACUCGAUAGGAGAAACAGCACUCAAAGGUCUUUGGAUCAAAAGAUUGCCAACUUUUGCGCAACCUGUGGUAGCAGCGUCAAAUGGUGCAGCAACGGAAUUUACCAAAAUAGCUGACUCAAUUGUAGAUGCCGUGUCACCAUCACAGGUAUGUAAGGUGUCCAAAGACCACGCCAGUGACAUAAGCGAGCUACGCACAGCUAUAAUGGAUUUAAGUAGAAAGUUCCAGCAAUUUACCAUCCGGUCACGUUCACGAUCUCGAACACAUAACACUGCUCGUCACCGUUCCCAGCAUCGACAAGCUUCACCCGACGGCGAAACCUCAAAUUUAGACGAGUGCUGGUAUCAUAAAAAAUACGGACGUAAUGCAAGGAGAUGCCGCAGCCCGUGCAAGCACAAGCAGCGGCAAGCGCACGCUGUCACAGCGCACCCUUCAGAUUGA